ACCAAGAGGACCAUGCUGUCUCCGAGCCUUGCUCUCCUGGUGUUCAUCUUCACCGCCAAGUCAGGUGACGGAGCCCAAAUCAUUGGAGGGACCGAGGUGACCCCUCACUCCCUGCCCUACAUGGCUCUGGUCGAGAGUAGAGAUGAAAACGGAGCACAAAUGCUUUGUGGUGGGACCCUGAUCCACCUGAAAUGGGUCCUGACUGCUGCACACUGUUUCCGCCAAGUGAUGUCUGUGACUCUGGGCGUUCACUCUAGAGAAAAUGAAGGGCAGAGAAUCCACUUCCGACAGUUUAGACGAGUGACUCGCCAGGUGAUCCAUCCUGACUACGUUGAGAGUGCUCUUUUCAACGAUCUGAUGUUGCUGGAGUUGCUGUCACCUGUGGAGGAAACAGCCUAUGUGAAAUUAGCCAGGAUCAACACCUCACCAAAUUACCCCAAAGCUGGCAUCUGCUUGGUGGCCGGGUGGGGGCGCACUGGCUACGAUGAGGACUUUUCUGAUGUGCUCAUGGCCGCCAACGUAAAUUUGAUUGACUGGAAGACGUGCAACUCUGCAGACUAUUACAACGGAGCCCGGUGGAUCAACAAGGAUGUGAUUUGUGCCGGCUCCCAUGGAAGGAUACAGAUUGGUAUCGGAAAGGGCGACUCCGGUGGUCCUCUGGUGUGCGACAACAUGCUGGUUGGAGUCACUUCCUCCGUGUUUCCGUGCCUUCCCGCCGUGUUCAUGUUCCUUUCUCAGGACCGAGUCCAAUGGAUAAAAAAAACAAUUAAGUAAAACAUGCAGUUUUGCACGAGUUAGUUUUCAGCACCAUCCAAGUCUUUGUCGUGAAAAAUAAAACUUUUGAGCAUCAUUUGUGCUUCUUUUGCUAUCCAAUCACAUCUCCACGCAAACUGAAAAACUAAAACACAAGGUGAAAAGAAAGUGUCCAAAGUUAAACAGAGGCAUGGGGAUGAGAGGGACCGUGUCAGGUCUUCAGGAGAUUCAAGAUCUAAUGACCUGACUCAUUAGAUCUUUUUGUUGUAAUGAAAAGUUAUGCAGGGCUUUAACAACUUCACCUGAAACUGUCCACUUUGUAUCUUCUCCUGCAGCAUUUCCUGUUGGGGGUUGCCACAGCAAGUCAGCUUCCUCCACCUCAACCAACCUUGAUCUUCCUUCCUGUCCUUCUUCAUCACAGCCAUGAACCUCCACGGACUCAAGCCUUUGCCGCACCGUCAUGAUGUGACUCAUCAACUUGGAUUCUCUGACGCAAUGGCUGAAGUGCAUUAUAGGGAAGUAAAAACAAAAAUCAAACCUGUCAGCUUUGAGCAGAUCUG